UCUUUGUUUGUGAGUUUUAUCUGUUUAAAAUUGAGUGUUCAAGUCUUGUAUUAAAGAUUAGGAGAGGACCUAUUGGAUACCAUCCGGUUGGGACAAAUCGUUCAUUCAGAGUUUGUGGACAACGCUUAUCGCGUUGUUUGGGCACUUUUUAGGUCAAAUGCCGCACCUCGCGUUUGGUGAAUCAGUGGGGAGAGGGCCUUGGUAGGAAUUGGAGCUUAGGAUGUAGCGUUGCAAAUUGUCAAGCACUAACUAAUUAAGCUCAAGCUUUUUUUCUCACUCAUAUAAAAUCCUUUGUUUUUUUUUUUUGGGGAGAGGGCCUCUACUCUUGAUAGGAAUUGAGCCUAGAAUAGUAGCAUUACAAAUUGUCAAGUGCCAACCAAUUAAAUCCAGGCUCUUUUCCUCACUCGUGUGAAACGUUGCCUACAAGUUUUUAUCGAACUCUAAAUUCUGGGUAUAUUACCCCCUUAGCCAAGUGACCAAAUAGUCUUUCAUGCAUUCUACAUAUGCUUGGUAAAUGCAAAAAUAUUGGGUAAAAUCACCUCAUAAAAUUAUUUAGAUGGUGAAAUAAAUAAGUUUAUCAAUAAAGUGAUUACUUUUUAAAAUAUAUGUACUCAGCUAUCAACAAAAUUUCAUAUGCAUUUUAUAUGUUUAUGAAAAGGGAAAAAUACUAAAUGAGCUCACCUCAUAAAACUUCUGGUAUGGUCAAAUAUAUAAUUUUACCAAUAAAGUGAUUUCUCCUUUAAAAUACUAUUUAUUUAAGUAGCUUAAGUGUAUUUAGCUACCUUCUUAAGAAUUUUGUUAAGCAACUUCCUCAUUGAUUUUAUUCUCGGUUUGUAACUUUGAAUAAGGGCAUUUUGAUAAUUUAGACUACAAAAGUUACUUGUGCCCAAUAACUUAAAUACUCUUACUUGUUAUAUAGAACAUACUUUUUCAUUAAUAAUUUUAUGUUCUAGUUUUGAAACCCAAACAAAUGGGGACAUUUUGAUAAUUUGACCCUACUAAUAAAUAUGCUUAGGAUUUGAAAACCGAUUUUAAUCAAUUAGGUAAAGUUACUUAAAAGAAAAAUACUAAAAUGGCCUCACUUGCUAGGGCAGCUUUUGCAAGUUUCCAGCAAGCUAGUUGAGUGUGUAGCUAAGUAAAAUGAUAUAAAUUAUUAGUAUUUAAAAAUCAUUAAAUCAAUUGAGGUAAUCACCCUAUUGAUUUGUUGAGGUGGUUUGGUCAAUUUAUUGAUAUUUUCUCUCAAAUAAUAUAGUAAAAUAGAUAAGAGAUCAUCUUAAUUUCACAAGAUUAAGAAGAGAUCAUCCAAAUUUCAAAAAAGCGUUUACGACCCAAAAUUCUUUAUUGAAAAUGGAUUCCGAUUAAGUUAAUUGCCGGAGUCAGUGUGUUCCAGAUCCUACCACUCGAAACAAAAACAGAGUGAGAGAUCCGCUACUCUAAUGGAAAUGGAGUUCAGGGAGGGAGUAGGGUUGACUGUUAUGGCUCUCACCUGCAUUGCUGCGGUAUCAUACAGCUUGUGGCAUCUUGUCUUCCGCCAUUAUUACCAGCGCCGAAGCCGCAAAUGCUGCCAAUUUACUGAAGCAGAAGAUAAGCCCCAAAACCACUUCAAAAAAGUCUUAGCGGACAACUCUUUCUCCGACUUCAACCAUCUCCUUCCACAGGGAUCGCAUCACCCCGGAAAAAUUGUGGACCGGCAUCCAUAUGGAGAUGAAAUCACAUCUUUGUUGGAGAAUUCACCACCUACUUUGGACCUCUUUAUGGGCAUUGAACAGACAAGUAUGGAUGGAUCAUACACAUGGAUACAUACACUUCCCCAAUUAGAAUCGCUUGCCAAGCUUUUAUCUAAGGAACGUAUCUUUGCUGUUGAUACUGAACAGCAUAGUUUACGUUCGUUCUUGGGCUUUACUGCUCUGAUGCAGAUUUCUACUGAGAAGGAAGAUUAUUUGUUGGAUACGAUUGCCUUGCAUGAUGUAAUGGAUGUACUUCGCCCCAUUUUCGCAAAUCCAUCAAUAUGCAAGAUAUUGCAUGGAGCUGAUAAUGAUAUUCUGUGGCUUCAACGAGAUUUUCACAUCUAUGUAGUGAACUUGUUUGAUACUGCUAAAGCGUGUGAGCUGUUGUCUAAACCGUACAAGUCAUUGGCCUAUUUGCUUCAAAGUUAUUGUGGAAUAUCAUCCAACAAAUUGUUGCAGCUUGCAGAUUGGAGACAACGACCUUUAUCUGAAGAAAUGGUUGAAUAUGCUCGUGGAGAUGCACACUAUCUACUGUAUAUAGCAAAAUGUCUUGCCAUUGAGCUUGAGAAUCACCAAAUCGGAUCCAAUUUGUUUCAUGAGGUAAGUCUACGUUCAAAUAUGCUCUGUUUACAACUUUAUGAGAAAGACACAGAAGCUUUCCCGGGAGAUUCUACCGCAGCAUCUAUAUUAGCACGCUAUAUGAGCUUUGAGAAAGGAGGCAUUCUGCAGAAAUGUGAAGAGACUAUGCAAAUCAUGCGGCUGCUGUGCAAGUGGAGAGAUAUGAUGGCUCGUAUACAUGAUGAAAGCUUGCGUUUUGUGCUAUCAGAUCAAGCUAUAAUGGCACUUGCGACUAACUUUCCACAGACAAUAGAAGCAAUUUGUGAAACUAUAUCUGAGGCUGAUUCUGAAUUGGAUUUCUCAGAAAUAUAUUAUUGUUCUUCACUGUCUUCUCCUUCACCUGUUGUCUAUAGUCACAUAAAGGAUGUUUCCCACCUUCUUCAGGCAAACUUGAACGACUUCGACUAUAUCUUGACAAGAAUGCUCGAAACUUAUCUAGGAAAUGGGGGAUCCUUUUCACUAUCUGCCCAAAAGUAUGCCAUUACAUCCACUUUCAAUUUGAAACUGACAAAUGGCUUGUGUUCUAAGAGAAAUGGUGCAAAACCUAUGAGACAGGCGUCUCGGAAGGCUUCUCGUGAGCUAUUUGUCCAAAAGUUCUCCUGCAAAUCUCCAGUGUAUCAUAACUGUAGAAUUUAUGCAAAUGAUGGGCGGUUACUUUGUUAUUGUGAUUGCAGAAAGGUCGCCUGGUAUCUGCAUCGACAAUUGGCAACACUCAUUGAGGAUGAUCCUCCAGCCAUAAUGCUACUUUUUGAACCCAAAGGACGACCUGAAGAUGAUGAUAAUGAUUUUUAUGUUCAAAGCAAGAAAAACAUGUGCGUUGGUUGUGGUGAAAGAAACCACUAUUUGCGGUAUAGAAUAAUACCAUCAUGCUACAGGGCCCACUUUCCAGAACAUUUAAAAAGUCAUCGGUCUCAUGAUAUUGUCCUUCUUUGUGUGGAUUGUCAUGAAAUUGCUCAUGCUGGUGCAGAGAAAUACAAAAAACAAAUAGCCUCGGAAUUUGGCAUCCCUCUAUUUCUGCGAAAAGUAGCUGCUUCUGGUCAGGGUGUAGAUAACAACAGUGACGUUGUUCAUCAGGGGAUUGUUCAGGAGGAAGGUGUAUCUCCUUUGCAGUUGAGAACAGCUGCCAUGGCUCUUCUGCGUCAUGGAUCAAAAAUGCCAUCAAAACGGCGUGAAGAGCUGAUAAUGAUAGUUCGGACAUAUUUUGGUGGGAGAGAAGUGUCAGACAGAGAUCUUGAGACCGCUCUACUUGUUGGUAUGAGUCCUCAUGAGCGAAGGCGUCUGAGUAGAAAAAGAGGAUCCUGUUUCAAGCAAUCUGCUGAUAAGGUCCUUGUCAAGGAGCCAAAGGAUGGUAAAAGCAGAGAUGCUUAUCAGUCAAGAGACGGUGUAACACUAGCAGAGGAUCAUCAUAUGACUGCAGGUUUGCAGUUUUCAGAAGACUCGUGUAUUUGGAAAUCAAUGGAGUUGGACAUUGCAAAAGUCAUAAGCACUGAUGAAAGAGCUGCUUCUUCAAAUCAUAUGUAUGAGUUUGAUUCGUUUCAUGAAAUUCAUAUCGGUGGAGAUGAUCAUGGUGAGCUGAAAUCAACUAUGAGGAAACCUUCUAGCAAGGAUAAUAAAGGUCAUCUAGACUCCAACCAUGUUGAUCUUGUGAGUGGAAAAGCAACAGAUGGAAGUCAUCGCUCCAACGAAGUUGCUGGAUACUCAGCUCAUGAGACCUGCACUUCAAAUUAUUCCCAGAAGUUAUCUUUAUUAGGUCAUGGACCACAUGGGAAACAGGUAGUGGAAUAUAUACUUAAGAAGUCUGGGGAGGAAGGUAUCCAACAAUUUUGCCAAAGAUGGAGACAAGUCUUUGUGGAAUCCAUCUGCCCUCGUUUCCUACCAGUUGGUUGGGAUGUGAUGCACAGCGGCCGACGUGAAUUUGGGGAUUACAGCGUCUACAAGCCCGACAACAAGACAACCUAGGUCCAAGUCCAGGUCUGUGGCCAACUUGAGUGGCAUUUGGGGCUGGGCAUCAAAUUUGGUUACAAUCAUAAAGCGUUGGAAAGCAUGUAUUUUAUCAGCACAAACUUUUUGUCUUUUAUACUGUUCGGUUGAAAAUUUUGUUUGUAUUUAAAUUUUUCUGAUCAGAUGCAAUCAAGAGUACUCCUAUAAUCAAUAAUCCCAUGUCACCUACACAUCAAAAUAUAAGGAAUGACAACUCCAAUUCAAGUUCAA